CGACGUCACUCCCGUGUCUGCGGAGCACAACAACAUUGCCUGUGCGGUCCUCUUCUUUGUAGGAAAGUCGCAUCGUUAAAAAAAAAGUGUCCUUCUCUACCUCAACAGCUACGAAAUGGCAGGAAACUUCUGGCAAAGUUCUCAUUAUCUGCAGUGGGUUCUGGACAAGCAGGACCUCAUGAAAGAGCGACAGAAGGAUCUCAAGUUCCUCUCGGAAGAGGAGUACUGGAAGCUGCAGAUUUUCUUUGCCAAUGUGAUCCAGGCUUUAGGGGAACACCUGAAGCUGCGGCAGCAGGUCAUUGCUACGGCAACCGUUUACUUCAAACGCUUCUACGCCAGGUAUUCCCUGAAAAGUAUAGAUCCAGUGCUCAUGGCUCCUACCUGUGUUUUUUUGGCUUCUAAAGUUGAGGAAUUUGGAGUUGUGUCCAAUACCAGGCUAAUCUCUGCGGCAACAUCUGUGUUGAAAACAAGAUUUUCCUACGCCUUUCCAAAGGAGUUCCCUUACAGAAUGAAUCAUAUAUUAGAAUGUGAGUUCUACCUUUUGGAGUUGAUGGACUGCUGCCUGAUAGUGUACCACCCCUACAGACCUCUGUUGCAGUAUGUGCAGGAUAUGGGACAGGAAGACAUGCUGCUGCCCCUGGCCUGGCGAAUAGUGAACGACACGUACAGGACGGAUCUAUGUCUGCUCUACCCUCCCUUCAUGAUUGCCUUGGCCUGCCUACAUGUUGCCUGUGUGGUACAACAGAAAGAUGCCAGGCAGUGGUUUGCAGAGCUUUCUGUCGACAUGGACAAAAUCCUGGAGAUCAUCCGUGUCAUUCUGAAGCUCUACGACCAGUGGAAAAACUUUGAUGACAGGAAGGAGAUCGCUGCCGUGUUAAACAAGAUGCCCAAACCCAAACCUCCUCCGAACAGUGAGAGUGACCAGAGCUCCAAUGGGAACCAAAGCAACUCCUACAGCCAGUCCUAGCGUGGCGUCGAGAUUUCCUUCGGAAUCCACAAUGCUGACGUAGAGAAGGGUGUUUUUUUUUUUUUUUCAAAUGUCACUCAGCCCGACUUUUGUGAUGUUAGCUGAAAAAGAAGGAGAAAAAAAAUCCCAUUUCAACCAACCGAGAUGCCCCUCAAAACUCUGAGAGCCACGUCUUCACUCUUCCAAUCUCCGAUCAUUAUGGGUUCAUUGGAUCGAGCGAGUAGCCACUGAAAUAUCUCGACGAGGCUCCGUACUUCGCUCUGGACUUGAAAUUAACUUAAAAACUGAGGAACAUUUGGGGGGGGCGGCUGUGAAUGUGGCGGAAAAUUAUAGACCAGAUGUGAUGGUACAGAAGAAACCUGCUUUAAUGUCAUUGUGAUGAUCCUGACAAUCUUGAACAGCCCAGAGGAGCGAAUUUUUUUCAUGUGACGCUCCGUGGGGUUUCGAGUUAACUUGAUCACAAGUACUGUGUGUGUGUGUGAGAGAGAGAGAGAGAGAGAGAGAGAGAGAGAGAGAGAGAGAGAGAGAGAGAGAGAGAGAGAGAGAGUGGCCAGUUUUCAUUCCUCAGGUACAUAGUAGUCUUCUCCGUAAAAUGAUUGCAUCCUGUGCCGAUCUGAUUGGAUAUCACCCUGUGCAACUGUGAUGUGAUUGGACAGCCCGGCUCUGUCAGGCUGGUUGAUCAAUAACGCCGGGAGAAGGCUCCUCGUUAUGGUAGAAAUGAAUUCUUUGAAUACAAUGAUUUACUGUUUUGAAUCAUGACAACUACGCCUCGUCCAUCCCCUCCCCCCUCUUCCCUUUUUGUAAAUAGCCUUAUAACUCUAUUAAUUUUAUCUUUUCAUGUUUUGGCUUAAUUAAUGAAACCGUAAAUGGAAAUCAUGAGCUGGUUUAGCUUUGUGCGUCAAAUACAAGGACCAUCAUGAUUCUGUUUGUCCACGGCAAAGCAAAUUCUUAAUUUUAUUGCAAUUUUAGUUUUUUUUUUCAUCUGUUAUGCUUUAGUGGUAGAAUGAAUUGUCUAAAGCUAUAUUAUAAUAUUUUUGUUUUUUCAUCUGUCAAGAAAGUACAUUUCUUUUUUUGGUGCCAAAACGUAAAUUACAAUCGUUCUAGAUUUGUUGCAAACUUUUUGUUGUGCGUUCUCAUUUAAAAUCUACCGUCUUGCCAUCUAUUCAAUUGCUUUUAUUGUGGCGAUAUGUCUGUGCGUAUACCUGUAGAUGUCUCUUAUGUGUGUGUGAUGUGAUACAGUGGGAGCGUGUGUGGCUGUACUCCAAACAAGGUGCUUGAAAGCCUCCCAAAAUGAAAAGCUGCUGGUUACAGAGAACACCCUUCGUAAAAGCACAACGUCCCAUUCAGGCCAGCUGGAAAAUGCCUUUUAGGGGUUGAAUGUCGUCGCAUCGGGUGCAUCUUUUUUCACCUCGAUGGCUUCCUCAAUGUCUUCUUGUCCCAAUUGGAGAAACAACAACAACAACAAACCACAAAUGUACAAAAACAUGGUGUUAAAUGCCCUUCACUUUCACUCACGGAGACGAGUAAGACGGAGAAGCCACGGAGACGAGUUGUGUGCAGCCUUGUUGACGUGUUCCUCCCCUUCAGCCGCCUCCAUCUGUCACACAACUUUAAUGGGCGUGAAAUAUUUAAAGGGAUUCACCACGCCUGAAUAAUCCUACUAGUUCUGGUUAAAAAAAACAACCACAUUUUCCAAAAUGUGUUUUUUUUUUUUUUUUUACUUGAAAAUCUCUGUUCAUCAUUUUUGGAGGAUGAUUUAUGGUAAUAAAAAUGUAUGAUGUGCAUAA